CCUCCUCCUCCUCCUCCUCCUCCUCCUCCUCCUCCUCCUCCUCCUCCUCCUCCUCCUCGCGUUCCCGACCUGACCCAGCAGCAACCAUGUGGCUGGUGGUGCUGGCCAGCCUUCUUCACUGCGCCUCGGGUUCCGACGUGGAUCUGAAGAAACUGGACGGGCUGGCGAAAGCGAGAGUGGAGACGUGUGGUGGAUGACAGCUGAACAGGCUCAGGGAGGUCAAGGCCUUUGUGGUCCAGGACAUUCCUCUUUACCACAACCUGGUGAUGAAGCACAUGCCUGGGGCCGACCCUGAGCUUGUCCUCCUGAACCACUAUUAUGAAGAGCUGGAUCGGAUCGACCUGUCUGACAUGAGUCGCUCUGAGAUCAACGCGCUGCUCGGCGAGCUCGGCUUCUACAAGAAGACUGAACCCGAGGACGAGGUGCCGGAGGAGUUUCGCUUCUCUCCGGCCAAAGACAGCCCGUUUAAAGACGAGCCGCCCCACAAGUCCUCCGUUGCCCCGGACAACGGCUCCUCAGAGCCCAACGCGGGAGACGAGCACACUGACCUUUAACCCGUCGGAGUGGAAAGAAAGAAUCUCACAGCACCACUAAGCCCGAUAGCUGCACCACGACCAGCGGGUUCAUGUAGAUGUAGAAAUGCUUGUCAUAAAAAUAACAAUAAGACCAACAUAUCUGUGGGCCUUUGGGCAAGGCACUAGCACAGCAUCGUCAAAAAGCCUUUACAAAGGACCAGUCUUUUGUACAUAUUGUUCUUGCCGUUUAUUCUUAAUUUAGCAGCGAUAAAAACCCAACGAGCUGCUAUGCGAGUGCUUUUCUACUCUCUACACAAAGACUGGAAGUGUGUAUGUUUUAUUUAGUUUGUUGGUCCCUCAUUUGUCAAAUGUCUUCAGAAUCUUUGCCUCACUUGAGUUCCCCUUGCGUGUGUGAUUGGUUCCUACCUACUGUGAACCCCAAUGACGCUUCAGGCUGAAAACUGUCCGUCUGGCCUGAGGCUGAUGCUCCAUGUUCUGGUGGGUUUAACUGACGCACACAAGAGGAUUGAAGUGGAGGAAAAUAAUAAAAUAUUUAAAAGAAUAAAAUCUAAUCUCCUGUC